AGCUUUGCAGGCUUUGCACGGUGGUAAGCGACGACGAUGAUUGAUGACUUAGCCGAGAUCGCAACGGGUGCGGGACCCGCCUCAUCUAACCGCUGCUUCGAAUCGUUUCCACAAGAUUGCGAGCCAUUAUUAAUUGAUCUGUAAGACAGCCGCCGCCAAGGACCCGUUCUUGAGAUCGGGGUGACUGACUAUACUAUCGCUAGUCUUUUAAAGACUGCUGCCCAUCCCUAGUUUGAGUCAAGAUGACCUCAGCAUCUACUGAUGCCGCUAAGAUGACAGGAAACUUCAAGCCGGCUGGGGACGCUGCCCCGAUCAUCAAUAGCGAGCAGGAUGACAACAGCCUCAGCGACGAUGUUCACACACGAGCCCUUGAGCGGCGGUUGCGCCUGAAAGUUGACUUGCGAUUGUGUACAAUUGCUGGUAUCUUGUGCUCUCUGAACCUCCUGGACUCUGGCGUCAUCUCUAGCGCUAGCGUGACGUCCAUGAUCUCAGAUCUCGACUUGUCAGGCAAUCGCUACAGUGUGGCUAUCUUCAUUUUCACGAUUGCCAGCAUCGCGUUCCAAUUACCCUCCACGAUAGCAGUGAGAACAUUCGGUCCUCGAAUAUGGUUUGCCUCGAUAACAUUUGCCUUCGGGCUUAUCACCAUGUGUACUGCAUUUGUACAAACAUGGAAGCAGAUGAUCGCACUGAGGGUGCUUCUCGGUAUGACAAUGAGUGGUAUUUACCCAGGCUUGACAUAUUUGAUAUCAACUUGGUAUCCAAGGCGUGAACAGCAAACCAGGUUCGCUUUCUUACAAUCGGGGGAAGUGAUUAUACUGGCAACAGGCAGCAUUGUCAACUUUGGUCUCAACCAGUUGGAUGGUAGAGGUGGGAUAGCUGGCUGGAGAUACAUGUUCUUGGUACAGGGCAUUAUCUCGAUGGUGAUAGGAGUCGUCACCUACUUCUGGAUUGUCGAUUUUCCCGAGCAGGCUCACAAGAGCAUUUGGUUCCUGACCGAAGAGGAGCAGCGACUCGCCGUGUCGCGUAUUCACAAAGAUCGCAAGGACGUUGAUAUCGACCCUUUCAGCUGGGGCAAGGUGCUUGUGCAUGCAAAAGAUCCGAAAGUCUAUGGAUUUGCCUGCAUGUUCUUUUUGCUGAACUUGGUCUCUACUUCACUAUCGUACUUUCUACCUAUUAUUCUGCAGAGUGGCAUGGGUUUCGAUGAGAACAAAGCGAUCUUGCUCUCAGCACCACCAUACUACUACGCGGUAGUACCAGUCAUCAUCUCUUCCAUUGUGGGGGAUAAACUACGUCUUCGUGGACCGGUCAUUGUCUUCAAUUGUGCAUGUCUAAUUGUCGGCUUCUGCAUGCUUGGGUUUACAGAACAAGUCACGGUACGCUACAUUGGCACGUUUUUGGCCACCGGGGCAUAUGUCUCAAAUUGGGCCGCUCUAUCCACGUACCAGGCCAACAACAUUACAGGUCAAUGGAAACGAGUCUUCACGGCUGCUACUGUAACCGCUAUGAACGGUGCUGGUGGUAUCGCUGGAAGUUUUAUCGUACGAAAUCAGGAAGCGCCUCGGUACUUGACAGCUGUAUGGGUAUCUAUCGGGUCGCAUAUCCUUAUUAUUGCGCUUGUGGCCGCGUUCUCUGCAUACUUCUACUAUGCCAAUAAAGCAGAAAAGUCAGGCAAGAAGAUCCUAGAAGAAGUUGAGGGCUUUAGAUACACCUAUUAG